CAUGUUCUCUCCCGUUCAGGUUCAAUUCGCACCGACCCAAACCCUGCAUCGCCGUCCCAAGUGGAGCAAGCAUUAACUUGAAGCAGCAGUAAACAAAAGAAGAUUCGGAAGGGUUGAAACCGACGCACGCCAAGACAAAUGGAGCACCGACCCAAACCCUGCAUCGUCGUCCUGCAAAGCCUCCCCAGCUAUAACUACUCGCAUGUACAGCACGGGCACUCGCUCGGGAGUAGUAGUAUUCCAGCUAGGAUCUGAAAGGAACCGGCCACCAUCUCAUCCUUCUCAGUUAUCCCUCCGUUGAGGCUACCUCGUUGCUCCAACCGAAACUCUGCAAGAUUUGAGUGAGCUCCACAGCCCGCGGCAUCGGUUUCUUGGUCUGCUUUGCUUCUUUUUCUCCGGUGGACUCUGCGAUGGAGGAAUCCUUGGUGCUGGCGGCGGCCGUGCUCCUCUUGUCCUCCACGCUUGUUAAUUCAGAGUUCUGCUUGUGCCGGUCGGAUCAGCCGACGGAGGUGCUGCAGAAGGCGAUCGACUUCUCGUGCGGCCCCCAGGGCGGCGCGGACUGCACGGCCAUCCUGCAGGGCGGCGGCUGCUACAACCCCAACACCGUCGCCGCCCACUGCUCCUGGGCCACCAACAGCUACUACCAGAACAACAAGGCCAAGGGCGCCACCUGCGACUUCAGUGGCUCCGCCACCAUCUCCACCACCGACCCCAGUUAUUCCGGGUGCACUUUCCCUUCAAGUGCCAGUGCUGUUGGGACUGGGGGUGGGGGCAACACAACUGCCGGUGGCACGACAGCGGGCACCUUCAGCCCUGGUUUCAGCACCGGGGCCAACGGCACCGCCGGGAUGGGCAGCAGCCUGGGACCGACGGGCACAGGCAGCAUGGACGGCGCGGCGGCCGGUUUGCUCCCGAGCGUUCAUCCGGCCGCCUUCUUUGCCAUCACCAUCCUCUCACUCCUAGCACUGCAUUAGACUCCCUCCUCUGUUUUCAGCAUUUCUCUGAACUAUCAUGAAGAGGAAACUGAAUGUGAAUUGGUUGGAGCGAAUACAUCUGAAGGUUUCAGUUUGACAGUUCCACCUCACCCACGAACCCACUAUGCAUGGUCGUUGUUGCUGCUGCCUAGUGGCAUUAGUUGGGGUGGAAUUUUGGCUUCUUUUCAAGCAUGGAUCCUACAGGCUGGUGUAUGAUUUGGUAGUAGGAUGACUGUCUCUUUCCUACAAGGACCAUUGUCUUUUGUUCCUUUUCUAAGAGUUGUUGCUAGCUUGUUUUUUUUUUCCUUUAUCAUUUCCUUGUAAAUCUAGAACAAACCGGUGGUUUUAAUUCAAUAUUGGUUGGAAUGAAUAAGGAUGAUCUUAGGUCUCUAUCA